AAUGCGCAUAAUUAACAAAAGACGACGAAAGACAGACGGCUCGAUUUUAUGACUGCAGAACACAUUUUAUUUAUUUUUUCAAUAAUAAUGUUAGUGAUAUAGAAAAAUUUUUGUUACUAAAUUAUAUAUCAGGUCAAUCAUUUAAAGAUGGCAUACCUUAACAAGUCUCUCACUGGCUUAGACGAGUGUUUUAAUAUUAGAGAAAACACUAAUUCGACUAAACAGUCGGAAUAUAGGCUUUUACCUUCUGCCUCUGUCGAUCAGGCCAUUGGUAAAGAGGAAUCAGAAAUGAAAGUUCUUUAUUUAAGACACCUGUUAGAGAAGGAUUUAAAAGCUGCAGAUUUUAAAUGGUCUCUUUUUAUAGCAGCUUGCCAUACUUAUCGCCUUGACACUUGCCUCAAACCAUUCCCACCAAUGUACAUUAAGAACGAAAUUAAAGAUAUCGAUGGUUUAAGAAAAGCAAUAGAAUAUAUUCCCCCUUUAUCAAUAGUAGCUCAAGAGUUAAAGGAACCAAAUGUUUAUGACACUAAAGGAAGCAGUAUAGAAUUAUUAUUUUGGGUUCUAGUAAAGUUAAGGGAUAUGCGAAUUAAAACUGUUAACAAAGACUGCCACGAAUCUGUGUUAAAGAGAGUCAACUCUGAAUUGACCGUGGCUGCUCCUAAUUUAAUUUUCCAAGUAGCAAGUUCCAAACUUAUAUCGGCAGAGCAAAGAUGGAGACAACUCGCUAAAGGCCAUAAUACGUUUUAUGCUUAUCACGGCAGUCGACUAGAAAAUUUUCAUUCCAUAAUACAUUACGGCUUACAGCAACAUCUCUGCAAAGAAUCAUUAUUUGGUAAAGGAAUCUAUUUGUCCAGUGAAUUAGCAGUUAGCUUGCCAUACAGUCCUGUUGGUUACGGAUGGGGUGGCAGUUUACUGGGAAGCGAUAUGAGUUGUGUAGCGCUUUGCGAAGUUAUUAACCACCCUGAUGUGAAGCUUGGUGACACAAAUAAUAGUGCAAGAAACUUAGCACCUGAAUCUAUUGGUGGAAAAGUACCGAAUAAAUACUGUAUAGUACUAAAUAAUGAUUUAGUAAGAAUUCGAUAUCUUUUAGUUUAUAGUCAAGAGUUUGGAUGUUUACGAUCUUCUCAUACUACUGGAUUUUUAGGCUGGUUAAAGCAACAUAAAUUAUUAACGUUCAUGCUUGGUUACGUUGUAUUGCUUGCCUCCAUUGGCUUAUCCCAAAACAGAAAUGUUGAACGAUACUUCAGAUUACUGAUUAAUAAGUUUGGAUUGGACUGACAAUAAAAAUAACAAUGCAAUUGAAUACGAUAUACAAAUUUGAGUGACAUGUUUGUUAUACAUAUUUGUUUCUUCUUUUUAUACACUGUAUACUUAUUUUGAGAUAUAUGACUGUUAGGAAAUAAAAGUUACAUUUUCUA